AUGAAAAGAUUUUUCGAAAGCGGAAGCUCAAAUACUAAAAAACAGAAAACACAGGCGAAUCGUAAAUAUGACGAUAGUUACUUACAAUUUGGAUUCGUUGUAAAAUUUGGUUCUGAGAAUUCUACUCCGUUACCUCAAUGUGUAAUUUGUCAAGAAACACUUUCGAAUCAAAGCAUGAAGCCAUCGCUACUUAAGCGCCACCAAUUAUCGAAGCAUCCAGAAACAGAAAAUAAACCUAUUGAAUUUUUUCAGAGAAAAGUUACUAUUUUCCGAAAGGAAUCGAAAUGCAUGUCUAGUUUUACGAACUUUAAUGAAAAUAUCGUUAAAGCAUCUUAUUUAGCAAGUUUAAUUAUUGCUAAAGAUGGAAAACCACACACAAUUGGGGAAACAUUAGUGUUGCCAACAGCAAAAGAAAUCGUGCGAUGUGUUCUUGGAGACAAGGCUGCAAAAGAGAUAGAAAAAGUGUCACUUUCAAACGAUACAGUCAAAAGAAGAAUUGAUGACAUGUCGUCGAAUAUAAAAGAAAAAAUAUUGCUUUAUGUGAAAGAUUGUAAUUUCUUUGCUCUACAAAUUGUUGAGAGUACUGAUAUUGCUAACAUGGCUCAAUUAAUUGUAUUCAUACGUUUCGAUCGCAAUGAUGAAAUUAUUGAAGAGUUUUUGUUUUGUAAGCCUUUACAAACCCACACAACAUCAGAAAUUAUUUUUACAACCAUUAAUGAAUAUUUGAUUGAAAUAGAUCUGCCGUGGAGUAAAUGUGUGGGUUUUUGUUCUGAUGGAGCAAGGGCAAUGACUGGAAGGCUGACCGGAGUUGCAACAAGAAUAAAAUUAGUUCUUGAUAGUGCUGUCAAAAUCGUAAAUCUAAUCAAAGCCAGACCUCUCAAUUCAAGAUUAUUCACAGUAUUAUGUAACGAAAUGGGCAGUACUCAUAACUCUCUUCUUCUCCACACAGAGGUAAGGUGGCUUUCACGAGGAAAAGUCCUCACCAGACUAUUCGAGCUAAGGUCAGAAGUUUUAUUAAUUCUGACUGAUAUUGAUGAAGAAAAGUCCAAAUUGUUUUGUGAUGUCGAAUGGCUGUCAAGACUAGCUUACAUGGCUGACAUAUUUGACCGUUUAAAUAUUUUAAAUUUAAGCCUGCAAGGAUCAAACACAAACAUGUUUUAUACUAGUGAUAAAGUUAAUGCAUUUGUGAGAAAGUUGGAUUUAUUUAUUUCGCAAGUAUCUAAGAAUGAUCUUUCAGCAUUCGAGACACUUAACACAUUUUGGAACGAUAACGAAGUUCAGCCAAAUUCAAAUAUAAUUACAGACAUUUCGGAACACCUACAAUCACUAAAAUCCAAUGUUUUACAAUAUUUCCCUGAGGAUAACUCAGAAAUGAAAUGGAUCAUAAACCCUUUCGUAGAUGAUUAUAUUAAGAAUAUUCCAGAUGGCAUUUUGGCAAAAGAAUUAUUUAUUGACUUAACCAGUGACUCUACCCUAAAAACCGCUUUCAAUAACAAAAAUAUCACUAAUUUUUGGCUGGACGUGAAAAAAGAAUACUCGGCAUUGUCCACACAAGCUUUACAGUUUUUAAUCCCUUUUGUAUCAACAUAUCUGUGCGAAAAAACAUUUUCUGACUUAUUGUACAUAAAAAAUAAAUAUAGAAGUAGAUUAAACGUAGAAAGUGAUUUAAGACUUAAAGUUACCAAUUUGGAGCCCGAUAUUGAUGUCAUCGUUCGUUCAAAACAACACCAAUCGUCUCAUUGA